UCUUUCCUCAACCUCUCCAUGGCUGUAAUUCUUGCCUUCCUUUUCCCUUGAUAUUACGUCAUUCUCAUCUUCAUUCCCUCCUAUAAGCAGCCUUGGGCCUUCCAAGGUGGUCAUUAAUGGCGAACCCUCUCAGAGCCUUCGGCUGCUUUUUCUUUUUCUCCCUGCUCUUCUCUUCUUUCUCAACCUUCUCUCUUGCCUUAACUGAUGCUGAAGCAUCUUAUAUUGCUCGUCGCCAGCUCUUGACGUUAAAUGAAAAUAGUGAGCUUCCUCAUGAGUUUGAGUAUGAGGUCGAUGUGAAAAUAACCUUCGCAAACCAAAGGCUGAGGAGAGCGUAUAUUGGUCUUCAGGCCUGGAAAAAGGCAAUAUACUCCGACCCAUUUAACACUACUGGCAAUUGGGUUGGCGCCAAUGUGUGUGCCUAUAAUGGUGUGUUUUGUGCACCAGCUCUAGACGACCCCAGUCUGAGCGUUGUGGCAGGUGUUGAUCUUAACGGUGCUGACAUUGCUGGGCACCUUCCAGCUGAAUUAGGGCUUAUGACAGAUGUUGCAUUAUUCCACAUUAACUCUAACAGGUUUUGUGGUAUCAUUCCCGAGAGCUUUUCCAAGCUCACACUCAUGUAUGAGUUUGAUGUCAGCAACAACCGCUUUGUUGGUGAUUUCCCUUCUGUUGUUCUAUCCUGGCCAAGCCUCAAGUAUCUUGACGUCAGAUUCAACGAUUUCGAAGGUAGUUUGCCUCCAGAACUCUUCAACAAGGAACUCGAUGCUUUGUUCUUGAAUGACAACCGAUUCACAUCCACCAUCCCGGAGACAAUAGGCAACUCCGCAGUUUCUGUUGUCACAUUUGCUAACAACAAAUUCACCGGCUGCAUUCCACACAGCGUCGGCAAGAUGGCCAACUUGAACGAGGUCAUCUUUAUGGGCAAUGACCUUGGUGGUUGCUUCCCAGCAGAAAUUGGGCUGCUUCGUAAUGUGACUGUCUUUGAUGCCAGCCACAAUGGGUUCACAGGAAUCUUGCCGCCCAGCUUUGCAGGCCUAAAGAAGGUUGAACUCUUGGAUCUUGCCGACAACAAGCUGACAGGAUUUGUGCCUGAGAACAUUUGCAAGUUGCCAAGCUUGACAAACUUCACAUUCUCGUAUAACUACUUCAAGGGCGAGGCUCAAGCUUGCGUGCCUCCAUCAAGGAAAGACAUUGUGUUGGAUGAUACCAGCAAUUGCCUGUCUGACAGGCCAAAGCAGAAGUCAGCCAGGACAUGUUAUCCAGUGGUGAGCCGACCUGUGGAUUGCAGCAAGGACAAGUGUGCUGGAGGAGGAGGUUCUUCAAACCCUCAUCCAAAGCCCCAACCCACACCACCUACUUCAAAACAUGAACCAACUCCAUCUCCUCCCAAAUCUAUUUCUAUUUCUACACCAACGCCACCAUCAGCACGGGUCCCCACCCCUCAAACAGCAGAAUCACCAAAACCAGAACAUGAGUUGCCACAAACUCCGGUUGAACCUAUUAGGCCAUCGACUCCAAAGAUACCCUUACCGUCAUCUCCAUCAAUCAAUUCAUCUGUCCCAUCAUCUGAUCCAUAUAAUCCAGGAUCUGGUGGUCAUGGUGAGACACCAUUAUCACCAAAUUAUGCACCGUCACCUGAUUCAUUUGGUAACUCACCUAUUGGCCACCACGAUACACCACCAUCACUCUCUAUUAGUCCAUCAUCAUCAAAGAUACCUGUAUCACCAUCACCAAAGUCUGCACCAUCGCCUGAUGAUGAAUACAAUCCAGGAGCUGGUGGACAUGGCGAGACACCAUCAUCACCAUCACCAACCUCCUCACUAAAACCCGAGGCACCAAAAACAUCACCACAACCAAAAAUACCAGUUAUAAACCCUCACUCUCCAUCAUCAUCCCCACCACUUGUGCUCUCAACCCCUUCACUGGUCCACUCUCCCCCACCACCAGUUCACUCUCCACCACCACCUGUCCAGUCACCCCCACCACCAGUUCACUCUCCCCCGCCACCUGUCCAGUCACCACCACCACCACCACCAGUUCACUCUCCCCCGCCACCCGUCCAGUCACCUCCACCACCAGUUCACUCUCCACCACCACCCGUACACUCACCGCCACCACCUGUCCAGUCACCUCCACCACCAGUUCACUCUCCACCACCACCCGUACACUCACCGCCACCACCAGUUCACUCACCACCACCACCUGUCCACUCUCCGCCACCACCAGUCCAGUCACCCCCUCCACCUGUCCACUCUCCACCUCCACCCGUACACUCACCUCCUCCUGUCCAGUCACCCCCUCCACCUGUUCACUCUCCACCACCACCAGUACACUCACCCCCUCCUCCAGUUCACUCACCCUCUCCACCCGUACAAUCCCCCCCACCACCACCAGUACACUUACCUCCUCCACCAGUACACUCUCCACCACCACAUGUUAAAUCACCACCACCACCACGACCAGUCAAAUCAUCUCCACUUCCAAUUUUCUCUCCACCACCACCAACUGUAUUUCCUCAUCCUCCUCGUGCUUUUCCUCCACCACCCCCAAAUGAAGAUAUAGUCCUUCCACCAAACCUCGGAUUCCAAUACGCAUCGCCACCUCCACCAGUGUUCCCAGGCUACUAGUUAGUAUAUAUGACCAUUGUUUGUAGUGCCAAAAAGCUAACUAUGUACACAGCUAAAGAGAAACUUUGUUAGUUCAAUUUCUUGACCAGGAAAUAUAACCGUUUUGCUUUCCUUCUCUUCAUGGAAUGGAAGUUCUUGCUGUUUACAUUACUAGAGAUUCUCUCUCUCUCUCUCUCUCUCUGCUUUUUUUUUUCUUUCAUAUUCUCACUUCUCUCUAUCACUAUCCAAGAAAAAACAUGAGGAACCUGGAACAGUAUGUUACUACCUUGACAGUGACAAUGAAUUGCUUGUAAAUUACAUUUUCAAGGCUCUGAUAUGUAGAAGAGAAUGGCAGAAGUAUCUUUUCUUUUUUCCUUCCAAUGUCACAUUACUGUUGUUUUUGUACUCAGUGUGUCUGCCAUUAAAUUUUUAUGCAUGAUGUUACUAUGAAAUGAAAGAUCAGAGCCAAUUCACCGA